AUGCCGACGCUACGUGUGGUGCCCCAUGUGCAGGUGCAUGCCGAGCCGCCUGCGCACCACCUGAUGUCUACGGAGCAGUUCCGCGGCCCGGAGCGCGUCGGUUUCCAGAACCCAUGGGACAGCUGGCACAAGCCGUCUCCGUACGAGGUCGUGCAGGGCCUCGAGUGGGGCGAGCGCCCCGGCACGGAUGCGCACAAUGUGCGCCCCAACCUGACGGCGGCCGUGCGUGGUGUGUUUUCGCCGCGGUCCGAGUCGCCGGACCUCAAGUCGCAGGCCGAGCGCAAAAACGCGCUGCCGCUGCAGGUGCAAAAGCCCGACUUUGGUUUUGACAAGGAGCGCGCAAAGGCGACGUGGCUGGGGCAUGCUGGCGCGCUGCUCCAGCUGCCUUCGCUGUCGGGCGAUGGGCGUCCGCUCACUGUCCUAUUUGACCCUAUCUUUUCGGCGCGGUGCUCGCCGUCGCAGCUCGUCGGCCCGUUGCGCUUCUUCCCCGCACCAUGCACGGUUGCGGAUUUGCCAGAGAUUGAUAUCGUGGUCAUCUCGCACAACCACUACGACCACCUCGACUACCACACGAUCGUCUCGCUGUGGGAGCGAUUCGGGACGAAUGUGCACUUUGUCGUGCCCCUCGGCAACAAGGCCUGGUUCAUCCACGAGACGGUGGACAUUGCGCCCGACUCCGUCACCGAGCUCGACUGGUGGGACGAGGCGACGGUCGAGGCCGGGGGAAGUGGCUCCCUGCGCAUCGUGUGCACGCCGGCGCAGCACGGCUCGGGGCGCACGACGUCCGACGCUGGGCAUACGCUUUGGUCGAGUUGGAUGCUCGAGCACACCAGCGCACGCGACCCCGAGGACGUGUACCGUGUCUUUUUCGGCGGCGACUCGGGCUUUCGAUUCCGCGUGGGAACGGACGAGUGCUGCGAGAGCCCCGAGGCGAUGGACGAGAAAGGCGACGUUGGAAGCGCCGACGAGAGCGCCGUGUCGACCCCCACGCAGGUCGAGUCGCCGCUCGCGACCAGCACGCCGUCGCCUACCGACAUGCGCCCCCGCCUGUCGAGCGACUCGCUCAAAGGCAUUCCGUUCCUGGAAAAGCACAAGAUACCCCACAUCGCAAAGGUUCGGACCCUGUCCGAGUCGAGCGCGCGCGACAUCUCGCCCUUUCGCCGCCGCCGCAGCGAGGACAAGGCAACUGUAUACCCUGCAUGCCCCGCGUUUGCGGAAAUUGCGGCCAAGCUCGGCGCGCCCGACAUGCUCAUGCUCCCAGUGUCGGUCGGCGCGACGUACGCGUUCCUCAAGAGCUUCGAUCUACUUCCCGACUGGAUCAGCCCGAUUCCCCGCCUGUCUGACGGACUAACUGGCGCGAAUCAUAUGAGCGCCUCGGACGCGGUCGCCAUUCUCCAGAUCAUGCAGACGCAGGGACGGAGCAACGGCCGCCCGCCGCGCCACCGCCCAGUCUGCCUCGCGAUCCACUGGGGGACCUUUGUCGAGGGGCCUGCCGAGAUCACCGAGACCAUCUUCCGCCUCGAGACGGCCUGCGCGCAGCGCCGCGUCGCGUUUGUGCGCGCGUACCAAGGUGUGCCCGAUGGACCCGAUAGUACCCCCGCCUUUGCCCUGGUCAACCACGGCCAGAGCAUUCGGGUUGUAGCUGACUAA